UGUCUGUACAUGGUUUUCUCUGCUGACAGAUGGAGCUGAUAAGAGUUGAGCUGCUGCAGGAGAGUGCAGUCAAACAGGACCUGGAGUGUGACAAGAUCACUCUGGAGAGACAGAAUAAGGAGCUGAAGAGCAGGGUGUCUCGUCUAGAGGGCUCCCAGAGGUCCAACCAGGAUGUUGUGGUCUCCAGACUGGAGGGAAGGGUCCAGGAGCUGGAGGGGAGUCUGGCGGGAGAGGAGAGAGACAACAUCAACCUGCAACAAGCCAACAGGAAACUAGAGCGAAAAGUGAAGGAGAUGACGAUACAGGUGGACGAUGAGCACAUGUCUAUACAGAACCAGAAAGACCAGCUGAACCAGAGGCUGAAGACUGCGAAGAGACAGAUGGAUGGGGCUGAGCAGGAGAUAGAGCGACUGGAGAACUCGAAGAGGAAGUUACAGAGAGAUCUGGAUGAACGGAUGGAGACCAAUGAGCAGGUCCUCAGUCAGCUCAACACCCUGCGCUCGGAGAUGAGGCGCAAGCAACAGAAAUCAGCACCGCUCCUGAUGAUCCUUAAGGGUGUGGAUGACAUCAACACUGACUGACUGACUGACUUUUAGUACUCCUUGGUGAUAUGUUGUCAUGCACUGACUACAGCGUGGUGGGGAAAAAUACAAGCAGUCAAGUCACAUAUAUCCUGAUUCUCACAACGGGUCGGUAAAUCACUGAGGACAUGGGAAUGAAAAGCACUACAGAAGUUUCUCAUUAACGAUAUUUCACCUGUACAACUCAACUGGUGAUUUCAUAACCCUUUGCUCUAGACUGACCUCUAGUGGGUAUUCUAAAACUACAGAGUUCCAUGCAGUUCCAGAAGAAAGAUCGCUAAUAAUAAAAUAUGUUUUUUUGCUUUUCACCAGGGGCACAACUUUCCCUGGGGAUGGGGGUACAUGUCCCCCCCACAUUCUGAAAUGACAUUUUUGUCCCCCCCAGUUUUAUCAUUGGAAUGUGAUACAAAACGAGGCACCUGUGUGCUUUAGGACCAUGCAGAUGCCUCCGAGCAGUCGGGGCAGGCUGUUUGGAGUGUUGAUCUGACUGAAAAAUAUAUAUAUAUAAAAAUCCCCCCCCCCACUUCUAAAACCAAAGUUGGGCCCCUGCUUUUCACUAUCAUAAAGCAGUCAAUAAACGUUAUU